AUGGUUGUUGAAGCUUUCCGUCGCCGGACCGGCGAAAUGCGCGUGCUACGUCCGCGCCCGGUUUUGAGUGACAGCGAAGACAAUGCAAGACUCUUCUCUCAGACACAACUCCUAUGCUCUGGCUGUGUCACCAUGGAAACGUUUCGCUUUCGCCUUAAUUGCAUCGACAACUACCAGGCUGCGCCCACCGAUCUCGAUCCUGUUCUCCGACGCAGCCCUGGGCUCUCAGGCAGAUUAGGCGCGCCUGAAGUGCCUGUCAUUAGGGCAUUUGGGGCGACUGAGACUGGCCAGAAGGUGUGCGCUCAUAUCCACGGGGCAUUACCCUAUCUGUAUUUGGAGUACGAUGGAAGCCUGGAAACUGAUGUUGUCAAUUCGUAUAUCUUAGACCUCCGCACUUCAAUCGACCAGGCCCUUGCCACCGCUUACCGACGGAACACUCUUGAUGGAAAAUCAACAUAUGUUGGCCACAUCUCGUUGGUCAAGGGCGUGCCUUUCUACGGCUAUCAUGUGGGAUACAAAACAUUUCUCAAAGUCUACUUGCUCAAUCCUAUGCAUAUGACCCGAUUCGCCGACCUCCUUCACCAAGGUGCUAUCUUGAACCGAGUUUUCCAACCAUACGAAAGUCACCUACAAUAUCUCCUACAGUGGAUGUGUGACUACAACCUGUAUGGAUGUGACUACAUCGAUUGCGCUAAAGUGCAGUUUCGAGGGCCUGUACCCGACAGCGGUGAGGUGGACACUACCAUACACAAGUGGCACGAUGCAUCUAUUCCAGACGAUUUCAUGGCGGACGAAGACCAAUAUCCACGUCAAAGCCACUGCACUCUUGAAGUUGAUAUUUGCGUUCAAGACAUCCUCAAUCGGCAACAGGUGAAAUAUCGCCCUAUCCACCACGACUUUCUAGAGCGGUCGAGCCAAAUGCUUCGUAAUCCUGAUGAUAAGUUCGUGCCGUCUAUGGCCGGUCUUUGGAGAGACGAAACCCGUCGACGCAAGCUUCGCAUGGGUCUAACCGACCCUUCUAGCAGUCCGUUCCCUGCCGAAGUGCUAGUAUCAAUGUCAGCAGAUACACGCGACACCAGGAAAGGCGGAUGGAUACACGAAGAUGAAUAUAGGGAAAUUGUUGAUGGUUUAAUUAAAGAAGAACAUCAGCACAGUGGUGAAAUAAGUUUUGACACAUUCAUCAACCCAAUUGCAGGCCAAGAUGGCAUUAAGACUGCUGUGGAGAGCAUCGAAGAUCUCUAUCCUGAAGUUUUGUCUUCACAAAGGCUCGCAUAUUAUGACCUGGAGCGUCAGGUCGAAACAUUCGAGGAAGACAAAGUUCAUGAUUUAGAUGGAGCUGGGUUACUAUCAGAUGACAUGGACCUAUUGCCACAGUAUCAGCACGACGAUUCCAUUCUUAGCGAUGACGAUAGCCAAAAUCAGGUAGAUGGAGACAAUCAGUCUGAUGGCGAGGAACUCCCAAUGGACCCUCUCACUGUAUCCCUGCUACAAGCCUCCAAUGAAACGACGGGACAUGUCACACUCACAGACGAAGGUAUCGAUCUGAUUGAUCCAAGUGACGAGGAUGAGCCACCAAAUUCCAGCAGCCCCAACUCCAUGCGCAAGCGCCAUAUCGAGUUUACCGAUGAAGAUUACAACAAGCGUCAACGGAUUUUACAAGAAAUGCAAGGCACCCCCCGUCGUGUCUCGUUCCGUAAUGCUCUCGGUAAAGACAGCGAUAGAGCGGCAGGCGAAUCUCAGAAAGGCAAUUGGGAAGAGGCCCCCCCAGCAGGUCAGGUUUCUCAAGCAAGCAUCAAAGCUCAAGGGUUUGGGGGGGCCACUACACUCUCUUUUCCAGUAGUGAAGAAUCCGAAUGCACCCGAGACUGUUCAUCGCCUUAGUCAGUCAGGUUACUCUAAUUCUCAAGAGGGCCCGAAGACACCUCGUGCUAAGUAUCUCAACGUCAGGGCGUCACAACGCUCUCCUGUUACUCCUUGGACACAUCAAAAGACGUCACCAGCACUGCCUAGCAGCAGUGCACCAAAAGCUCGCUCGCAAGCUACAGCUUUGGUGAAGAAGCUGGACAAGUCCUGUCAACAUCAUCGGUCCACAGUAUAUUAUGCGUUUCUACCUCCAACGGUCGAGAUGGUUGACAGUACUAUGAUGGAGGCCGGCUUACCACCGGUAAUCUAUCAAGAUGCAUAUUAUAGUGACGAAAAAGACGUCCCGGACCGUCCACGUGAAUACGCAGGUAGGCAGUUCAAAUUACAGAGUACUACUCUGCCAUAUCUUCCUCCAUUCGACCCAGUCGGCGCAUCACUUGCCAACAUUGGAGAAUACCCGCCGGUUGUGGUAGACAAGAGGAAGCAAGUUACAAUGUAUCAAGCAAGGUCUAAACGUUGCAGCUUGCGCCAUUGGGAGCUCUCAAGACCUCCACCUUCUUUUAAAGAAGUAGAAGAUUGGACGCUUUGUAAAGCGAAACAACGUGAGACUUUGAAGUCCAACAUGAAGACAACUGUCGCGCCCAUAUUACACGAAUUCGAAUCUUCACGCCAUCAUUCACAAAUUGAAGGCCCAACGCAGAAGAAUCCUCACGGCUGCAAAUAUUCGCAGAAACAAAACAGCGCCAGUGUAAGGCACCAAUCCCAGUACAUGAGCAUUAUGAGCUUGGAGGUUCACGUAAACUCUCGAGGAUCAUUGUUACCUGAUCCUGCUGAGGAUGAAAUACAAUGUGUCUUUUGGAGCAUUCAAGACGAAGAGAAUGUGGUUACUGAUCGACCACGCAAAGGUAUACUGUGCUUCUCUGACAAAGACGGCAUAGCCGUACGCAUCGCCAAGCAGGUCUCAGUAGAGGUCGAAUACGAAGAGGACGAGCUGGACCUUAUCAAUCGCUUGGUUGAUAUUGUCCGUCAGUUCGAUCCAGAUAUUCUCACUGGAUACGAGGUGCAUAACAAUUCCUGGGGGUACCUCAUAGAACGGGCUAGAACGAAGUACGAGUACAACCUUUGCGAUGAGAUCAGCAGGAUGAAGUCACAGUCGUAUGGAGGAUUUGGUAAAGAAGCAGAUCGCUGGGGUUUCACGCAUACAUCCACUAUCCGAGUCACUGGCCGUCACAUGAUCAAUAUUUGGAGAGCUAUGCAUGCUGAGCUAAACUUGCUGCAGUACACGAUGGAGAAUGUGGUAUUCCACUUACUACAUAAGCGUAUUCCACAUUACCAGCACUUAGAUCUUACCACAUGGUACACGAAUGGGAAGCCUCGAGAUCUCGCCAAAGUUCUGGACUAUUUUAUUACUCGUGUUCAGCUGAACUUUGACCUUUUGGAGGCCACCGAUAUCGUGCCACGUACCAGCGAACAGGCACGUUUACUUGGAAUUGAUUUCUUUGCCGUCAUUUCUCGAGGUUCGCAAUUCAAAGUGGAGUCCACCAUGUUUCGUAUUGCAAAGCCAGAGAACUUUAUCCUUGUCUCGCCGAGCAGGAAGCAAGUCGGUCGACAGAACGCGCUGGAAUGUCUACCUCUAGUGAUGGAACCCCAAAGUGCUUUCUAUUCUAGCCCGGUAAUAGUGCUAGAUUUCCAGUCGCUGUAUCCUAGCGUCAUGAUAGCGUACAACUACUGUUACUCCACUUGUCUUGGACGAAUUGUUAGCUGGCGCGACCGCAACAAGAUGGGCUUUAUGGACUUUAAGCGUGAACCUCAACUACUGGAACUGGUCAAAGAUCAUAUCAACAUCGCCCCGAAUGGUAUGAUGUACGUCAAACCAGAGAUGCGGAAAUCCUUGCUGGCGAAUAUGCUUGGCGAGAUCUUGGAGACUCGAGUUAUGGUCAAAAGUGGUAUGAAGGAGGACAAAGAUGACAAAACCCUUCAGAAGUUGCUGAACAACAGGCAGCUGGCAUUGAAGCUGCUAGCCAACGUCACUUAUGGUUACACAUCCGCUUCGUUUUCAGGGCGCAUGCCAUGCUCUGAAAUUGCCGACAGUAUUGUUCAGACUGGUCGUGAGACCCUUGAGAAGGCAAUUGCAAUCAUUCAUGCGACAGAAAAAUGGGGCGCAGAAGUCGUCUACGGGGAUACAGAUUCGCUUUUCAUCCAUCUUAAAGGGCGCACAAAAGACCAAGCUUUCACAAUUGGCGAAGAGAUUGCCGCUGCUAUCACUGCUGCGAACCCACGGCCCGUCAAACUCAAGUUUGAAAAGGUGUACCAUCCUUGCGUGCUACUCGCCAAAAAACGUUACGUUGGCUUCAAAUACGAGCACAGAAACCAAAAGGAGCCAGAUUUCGAUGCAAAAGGUAUCGAAACUGUACGUCGAGAUGGCACGCCUGCAGAGCAAAAGAUUGAAGAGAAGGCGCUCAAGCUCCUUUUCCGGACCUCAGACCUCAGCCAAGUAAAAAGCUAUUUUCAAGAGCAGUGCACCAAGAUCAUGGAAGGCCGUGUCAGCAUCCAGGACUUUCUCUUUGCCAGAGAAGUCAAGCUCGGGACGUACUCCAACAAAGUGCAUCUGCCACCUGGCGCCCUCAUUGCUACAAAACGCAUGCUUGCCGACCCACGUGCAGAGCCUCAGUAUGGCGAGCGCGUCCCCUAUGUUGUCAUUACCAGCGCACCAGGAACCCGACUCAUUGACCGCUGCGUCAAUCCAGAGAUGCUACUACAAAACGAUCAUCUGGAGCUCGACGCCGAGUACUACAUUUCCAGAAACCUGAUCCCCCCACUCGAACGCAUCUUCAACCUUGUCGGCGCCAACGUCCGACAGUGGUACGACGAGAUGCCCAAAAUACAACGUAUACGCAACAUUUCAAUUCCCAUUGCACCGAAACACGACAACAAUGACGAUAUCCUCAUAGGCGGUGGACACAACUCGCUCAAGAAAACACUAGAAAGCUACAUGAAAUCCUCAAACUGUCUCGUCUGCCGUUCGAAACUAUGUCCCCCAUCCUCUACACACUUUUCCAGCUCUGCAUACGCCAUGCUUCCGCUCUGCGCAAAGUGCGUCAAACGUCCCGUUCACUCACUACUUGCGCUCAAGUAUCGCAUCUGGAAUAGUGAGACUCGGAUGAAGGAGGUGGAUGCCGUUUGUAGGCGCUGCGCGAAUCUAGCGUGGAAUGAAGAGAUACGGUGCGAUAGUAGGGAUUGCCCAGUGUUUUAUAGUCGGAUCAAAGAGAAGAGUCGGUUGGCGGCGCUGAGGGAGAGCGUAGGGCCGGUUGUCGAGGUCAUGGAGGGUACAAUGGAUGGGGAGGAUGAGGAAGAAGGUGAAUAUGUGGGGAAGCGAGGAAAUGGCGAUGACCUUGCAUGGUAG